GAUGGGAUGGACCGAAUCUGGUGAUGUGGUUGUGGUGGUGCUCUCGACCCUUCACAAAACUACUUACAUAGUUUAACACAUUAAUUAUUUAAUUUGGCUUAGAAGCUUUUUUUUUUCCGGAGUAAAAAAAAGUUUCCUACAAUCCAAUCGAUUUUCAGUCGAAAAUUGGGUCGAAUCAUACCGAUUUAUGCUAUCGAAUCUCGACAGUCAACAAUCAACACAAAACCUGAAUUUUGUAAAUAAUGGUUUUUUAAUUAAUUAAAAUUAAUUUAAUCAUUUUAGAUGAACUCGCUCCGUGGUUUGUGCUGUUAUGGUUGGGAGUUUGACUUUUAUGCCGUGCAUUGGCAAAAAAUACCCAUUUGAUUUUGGCUACAGAUUCUUAAUAUAGAUCAAACCCUGCAGGAGAGAAAAGGUUCGCUGACAAGCUUUCCGUUGGUCACAGGUGAUGCCGAUGAGCUGUGAAGUGAUGUUGAACGAUAUAAAAAUCGAAAGAGAAUCAGAAGAGGACAUACAUGCGUAUUCUUGCGUCGAGUGUGAUUAUAUCUGUGAUGCCGAUAUAGAACUGAGAAACCACAUCGAGACGCAUAGAUUAAUAUUCACCUGCGGCUAUUGCGAGUAUAUCACGGAAUGUCAGGACGAGUUGAACGGGCACGUCGAAAAACACUCCUUUCGUAAAGGUUUCUCUUGCAGUCUGUGCCAGUACGGAUGCAAAAAGCAGCAGUCUUUAAAACGCCACAUGAAAAUCCAUGCCGAGAUUUCGUGCAGGUUUUGCGUUUAUAAGUGUUACGAGAGAAAAACGUUGAAGGAACAUUUGAAGACGCACAGGGGAGAGAAGUCGUUUUCGUGCGGCCUGUGCGAUUACAGGUGUGCGCAGCAGAACGACUUAAAACGUCACAUGUUCACGCAUACUGGAGAAAAGCCGUUUAAGUGCAGUCUGUGCGACCACAGGUGUGUGUUGCAGUACCAGCUCAAAGAGCACAUGUACACGCACACGGGCGGGAAGCCUCUUGCGUGCAGCCUCUGCGAUUACAGAUCCUCGAGACGGCACGACAUGCGUAAGCACGAGAGGAAGCACACGGGCGAGAAGCCGUACUUGUGCACGGUAUGCGACUUUAAGAGCUCGCAGCGUUCGAGCUUGAAGAUUCACAUGCUGAAGCACACCGGCGAGAAGCCGUUCUGCUGCUAUCUCUGCGACUACAGGUGCUCGAGGCAGCACAACCUCACUAAUCAUCUUGUUACGCACACUGAACGAAAACAGCUCUCCUGCAGUCUCUGCCCAUACAAGUGUCUCACAGAAAGAUACAUGAAGAAACAUAACGAAGAAGUUCACAACUCAUGAUCCAAUUUUAAAAAAAAUUACCACAUGCUUAUGCACAUUACGAUGCUUGGUAAACACCAUGGAGGUAUUAUGUAUGUUCUUCUGGUAUAGAUGACGAGGAACUUCUUCCAUUUGUUUUGCACCUGGUGAUUCAACUGGCAAUUUAGAGCUGAAUUUGUACUUCACUCAAGGACAUUUAAAAUAUGUCACAUAUUAUUGAAAUUAUUCCAUAAAGCAAAUAAUUUAUAAAUACAAUUAUGAACCAGUACAAAAUAGUUGUAUGUGUUUAGAAUACCUUAUGACAGUCUGGAUCGUAGUAUGUGAGAUAUUUUAUACAUAAUAUGUAUAUACAAUGUAAUAUAUUCUUUUUUAAUGUU